UAUAGGAAAGUAAAGAACAACAAAAAAUGACCUGUCUUUCUAUUAGUAAUACUACCAACUCUAUUUGUCUUGCUCCUCUGAGGACAACCCCUUUCUCUCUGCAGUACGUGCAUACGACAAACCAUUUCCUCCGCCUGUGUACAAUAUAUUUAGAUAUGGAUAGAAGGGAAACUCUAGUUCCAAUUUUCCACGGCGGAUUCAUAUUCAUCAUCCUCUUUAAUUUGUUUCACCACCCAUGUCUCGCUUUCUCUUCUCUCUUUCCGUCUUCCUUUCUCUUCUCCUCAUAGCCACCGCACACGGUGGCGGCCACGACGAUGAUGAUCAUACUAGCAGUGAUGUUCAUGUCAAUCUGCGGGAGAAGUCCUUAAUCUUGGUGAAAAUAUGGUGCUUGAUUUUGGUGUUUGUAGGGACUUUCCUUGGUGGGGUUUCACCUUACUUCAUGAAGUGGAACGAUGGUUUCUUGGUGCUGGGAACUCAGUUUGCUGGAGGGGUGUUCUUGGGGACUGCUUUGAUGCACUUCUUGAGCGAUGCAAAUAAGACCUUCGAGGACUUGACUAAGAAACAGUACCCUUUUGCUUUCAUGUUGGCUAGUGCUGGUUAUUUGAUGACUAUGCUUGCUGAUUGUGUUAUUUCCUAUGUGUAUGGGAAGAGAAGCAGUGAGGCCAAUGGAGAUUUAGAGCGUCAAGAGAGCGUUGAUCAUGGAAACACAAGCCACCAUAGCACUUCACAGUCACAUUUUCAGAUGCAUAAUGGUACUGAUGCUGCCUCUGCAAAAUCCUCACUUGCAACUGUCAGAUCAUUUGGGGACAGCAUUUUGCUUAUAGUCGCUUUGUGUUUCCAUUCUGUCUUCGAGGGCAUUGCAAUUGGAGUUGCAGAGACGAAAAACGAUGCUUGGAAAGCUUUAUGGACCAUCUGUCUGCACAAGAUAUUUGCAGCCAUUGCAAUGGGAAUAGCUCUUCUUCGGAUUAUCCCUGAUCGCCCCUUGUUAUCCUGCGUUGCUUAUGCUUUUGCAUUUGCCAUUUCAAGUCCAGUUGGUGUGGUUAUUGGGAUUAUCAUAGAUGCCACAACUCAAGGUCCGGUGGCAGACUGGAUCUUUGCCAUAUCAAUGGGACUGGCUUGUGGAAUAUUCAUCUAUGUAGCAAUAAAUCAUCUCCUAUCCAAGGGUUACAGGCCUCAGGAGGCAGCUUCAGUUGACACACCCCAUCAUAAGUUCUUGGCAGUGUUGUUGGGUAUUGGGAUAAUUGCUGUUGUGAUGAUAUGGGACACAUAAGGAAAUCAAAUCACUGCUUGGUUUUUGUUCUGGAGGCCUAGAUUAUUGAAGAUUGUCAGGAUUCGUUUCAUUAGUUGACCUUUUUGGUUGUUUACUCCCAUAGGAGCUUACGCCAUUAGUGAAUUAAUGUUAAUAAUCUAUAAAUAAUGCCAAGAUUACACAAAUACGUUGGGAUUAAAUGUAAGAAUUCAUUCUAUAA